CAGAGAUGAAAGCGCGCUAGCUGUGUUAGCAUCGUUUGAUGGAGGGGGAGAAAUGUUUCAUCUGGGAACCGACUUACACUAAAACCUGCACGGCUCGGAUACAGUAAUAGAGGACGGAGAGGAAACAGCACGAUAUGCAGUCAUGAAGCGGGUUCGCACGGAGCAGAUCCAGUAUGCUGUGGCUCAGUACCUGAAGCGGAGGCAGUAUGUGGACACUGAAGCCUCCCUGAAAGGAGCCAAACUCUUCCAGUCAGCUGAGGAGAUGGCUGCCAGCCUCACGGUUCAGACCGAGUCGGGCUGUGCCAACAUCGUCUCGGCUGCACCGUGCCAGUCGGACCCGCAGCAGUACGAGACGCAGUUCUCCAGACUGCGCUCCUUCCUGUCAGAAACAGAAAUAUCGUGGGCGAAGGAAGUGAGCAGCAUCCUCUACCCGCUCUUCGUCUACCUCCACCUGGACAUGGUGCGCUGCGGCCUGAAGGGGGCAGUAGAUGGUUUCUACAGUCGUUUCCACGGCGCCUUUCUUCAGGACAGCGAGCAGCGCGCCACCGUGGAGCAGCUCCGGCACGUUCUCACCGCUCAGGACGUAGCGGCCAACCCCAAGCUGAGCGCUUUCCUGGAGCACAAGUACGUGGUGCACCUGACGGAGCCGGCCUACAGCUACCUGCUGCGCUACCUGCAGAGCGAGGACAACAGCGCCCUCUGCAGAGCGCUCAGCACACACCUGCAGGUGGAGGUCACCGCCUCCAGGCGUACAGACUACCAGCUGUACGGAGCAGCCGGAGGGGCAACCGCCGCCCCGAACUCCACCUCCUCCUGGGCGGGAGUGGACGGGGCAGAGGGAGGAGAAGGGGUGGACGUCCCUGCAGGGAUCCCGCAGAGUGAGGCGGCUCUGGAGGCUCUGCAGGACUGCAUCAAGAAAGUCCGUGAGGGUCCCCCGUCGCUCACCACCGUGUGUUUCUACGCCUUCCACCACACGGAGCAGCUGCUGAACACCGCCGAGGUCUCCGCCGACAGCCGGCUGCUGGCCGCCGGCUUCAACAGCUCCACGGUAAAGCUGUGGAGCCUCCGAGCCCGGAAGCUGAAGGCUAAACCGCAUCAGGCCGACGUGUCACACAUCCACCUGGCGUGUGACGUACUGGAAGAGGAAGUGGAAGAGGAAGACGUCUCCGGCAGUGAGAUAAAGACUCUGCGAGGUCACAGCGGUCCGGUGUUCCGUACCGCCUUCCUGACCGACAGCUCCGGCCUGCUCUCCUGCUCCGAGGACACGACCAUCCGUUACUGGGACCUGGGCAGCUUCACCAACACGGUGCUCUACCAGGGACACGCCUACCCGGUGUGGGACGUGGACGUCAGCCCCUGCAGCCUCUACUUCGCCAGCGGCUCCCACGACCGCACCGCCCGCCUCUGGACGUUCUCCCGCACCUACCCGCUGAGGCUCUACGCCGGGCAUCUCGCCGACGUCGACUGCGUCAAGUUCCACCCCAACUCCAACUACCUGGCCACCGGCUCCACAGACAAAACUAUCCGGCUGUGGAGCACCCAGCAGGGGGCGUCGGUUCGCCUCUUCACAGGCCACCGCGGCCCGGUGCUGUCGCUCGCUUUCUCACCCAACGGGAAGUACUUGGCGUCUGCCGGCGAGGACCAGAGAGUGAAGCUGUGGGACUUGGCCUCGGGGGCGUUGUUCAAAGACCUGCGGGGACACACAGACAGCGUCACCAGCCUGUCUUUCAGCCCGGACAGCAGCCUGGUGGCGUCGUCGUCUAUGGACAACUCUGUCAGGGUGUGGGACAUCAGGAACUCCCACGGCGGGACGCCAGCUGACGGCUCGUCCAGCGAGCUGGUCGGACUGUACACGGGGAACACCAGCAACGUGCUGAACGUCCAGUUCAUGGCCUGCAACCUGCUGCUGGUGACGGGAACUGCUCAAGAAAAAGCAGAGCAGUAGCCGCGGCAUCUCGUGGUGUUUGCUGAGCGUUUGGGAAAACGCUCGAAUGUCAGCAGGUGUUUGUUUGAAGAUGUGCUCGUCCGUCAGACUCUGAGCCAACUACAAAAUCGUCUUUUUGCCAAACUGAGCUGCAGGUCUGAUUUUUGUUUUCUUCAUUAGUUUUCAGCGUAGAAACAGAAGCAAGGUUAUAAAUCACUUCUUUUUUUUAUUAAAGCAUACAGCUCAUCCUUCAGAUACCUUUUUUAAGGUUGCAAUUAACAGAUUAACGAUUCAUCUACUGAACAUUUUCUCGAAUUUCUUGAUUUAUCAAUGAGUCGUUUGGUCUUUAAAAUGGCAAAAAAUGAGUUUCCAACAGCCCGACAUGCACCACCCAAAGAUAAGCAGGACUAAAGAAAUCAGAUAAUAUUCACAUUUAAGAAGCUGGAACAAGACCAUUUUAGUUUUUUUGCUUCUUUUUUCCUUAAAAAAAGACUCAAAAAGUUUAUCCAAUAGUUGCUGAUUCAUUUUCUGUCCAUCACCUUCUCGUUGCAGCUCUAAACUGAUUUACAUCAUUCAUUUGUUAUAAUUUCUCACAUGUGGUAUUUUCUCAUUACCAAAGCUCCUGCACUAGAUCCCAGUAUUAAAGAUUUCAUCCGUUUCUCGUACGUGAUGAAAACGGUCGGGUGGUCGACAACUGUUGACUCUGCUGUCCUGUGCACAAGUUUGAUAUAAUAUAUGAAAAGUGUAUAUAAAAUGUGACUGUUGGAAGAUGAUGAGAGCAGAGACGUGGGGUUUUCUUUUUGGGUUUUUUUCUUGGUUAUUUGAUGCUGAAUUCAUCAGUUUGUGGAUAUAAUAUAAAUGUGACUGAACACUGAUGGAUAUUGUGAGAUAAACUGGAUCAGUGGAGUCCAGUCCACCGUCUGCAGUUUCACCUCGUUUGUCACAAUUAACGUGUAAAGAUGAAACAGGAUGGAUAACCAGUUAGUUUCAUCUUCGUACAUUCAGUCACUUCUUUUGUUAAAUGGAGUGAAAAAGGUGUUUGAUUUUCUCAUAAAACAUGUUUAUGUCUCUAAAUCUAAAGUAUUUAAAUUAAGUAUUAUUUUGAUGCCUUUCAUGAAACCCUGUAUCAUCACAACAAUAUACAGCAUAUUGAAAAAAAUCUAAUUAUUCUCACUUUAUCCAGGAUGUGAUAAGAAGCACUGGGGACCUACUAGCCUAGCUCCAUCUUAAGUGAAAGAAAUGCAGCUUCCACAAACUCCUAAAAGUCUCAUGUUGUAAAAAUAAAAUAAAAUACACAUUAAUAAGACAACUCAGUCUUUGGAUGGUGUUUUUUUCGUUUUUGAUGUGGCUACGGUAGCAGUUUCCCCUUAAACGAGGCUUAUAUAGUGUAACUAGACUUUUUUUUUAAUAUACAGAGAUUUGUUAAAAGCAAGAAAACAAUACUUUAUUCCGUACUUUUAGUUUUAGAUAUAUAAAAACACUUUUAUUCAACAAACUGCAGCUUUAAAAUCAGAUCGCUGUCGUCGGAGAAAUUCACAUCUAGAGAAAAAGAAAAGUUUCAGUACAUUUUGCAUUGAGGCCCGUGUAGUUCAGAGACUGUUCAUAGUGUGUUUUCUGCACUAUUCUGCUAGUGGCAUUAACUGUGCAAUGCUUAAAAAAAUGUAAAUAUACUGUAUUUUUGUAAGAUUUUGGCUACCAAAAGUUUCCAUCCAGGUUGUGCUUUAUGAGAGCAAAAAGAAACUGAUUUGAUUUUCCUGGAUUGUUUUCAGAUAAAGUAAGUCUGAAUAAUUUGGGAGGUUUUGUUUUGAAUUCAGCCUGGAAGUUGUCCUUUUUUUAUGUUCCUCAGUAAACUUUUGAAUCGCUCCUGU